CCUGUAUGCAGACCGCGGAUAUUUGAAAAUAACGACUGGUUCAGUAGUAAGACGUUAACUCACAAAGAUCAACGGCCGCCCAUUAAAACAUAUUGUGAACAUCAUGACGUCCAUCACCGAUCCAAACAUGAGUAACGGGUUCACCAGUGCUAUGGACGAGAUCCACAAUACACAGCUUAAGACAUACGGGGAGAUCAUCGACAUGACUGCAGAGCUGUGCCAGUCCCACAGACAGUUUGUGAAGUCUGCACUUGAUAUGUGUUUAAAGAAAUGUAAGGAUGAUGAGAUGCUGUUUGAGACAAUACAAAUGUUGAAAAGAGACUUGGUACAGAAAAAGGCGUCGUUGAAAGGGAAACGGCAUGCUGUUUCUGAAAUGAUAUCUGAGAUUCAGCAGAAGGAAAUGCAGAAAGACGACAUCAUCCAGAAGAUAGAGAAACUUAAAGAGGAGCAAGCUAAGAGAAAAGAGUUAAUGCAGUCUCAAAACAAGGCAAACAAAAACAGACUGAGGAAUCUCCAGAAAGCCAGAGUAGUCUUUCAAGACCAUUUAGGGAUGGAGAUGCGAACAAUCCUCGGCAAAACACAAUUGGUUAAAGGGGAAAAGCUGCAGUUUGUUUUCCGAAAUAUCAACCCGUCGGAUCAGGAGAGCGCCUAUGUCGUCACAAUGGGGAUUAAAGAAGACGGAUCGUACCAGAUUGUGUCCAGUGACCCCGUGCUUGAGUGUUUGCCAGUCUUGGAAAGCCAGCUUCAGGAGACCAAUAACUUGGCAGCAUUCCUGGCAAACGUCAGGAAGGAGUUUAUCUCUCAGGCUCGCUGCUAAAAUAGAAUGAAUGGGAGAAUAAAAUGCCAUGCAAUGAAGUUCUUGCUGCAAUGUGGACUAAUGUAGUGAUUUUCAAAGUGGGGGUCCUCAGCAAACUUGGAGGGAGGAUAAUGGAAAAUGCUUAUAAGAAUGAAUAAAGAAAAUGUAAUUAAUAUAUCAACACUGGUGUUAAUGUCCUGUCUCAUUAUUGAGCAUGGUCGUAUCACCGUUUAGUGGAUACUGCUAAUUGGCAUUGUUUGAAACCUUGGAGUUUGUAACAGGUGUUCUGGGGUCUCUAAGUCCUGAAAGGUUCACCCGUUUACUGUAGAUGUUCUCCAGAAGUAAACGUUAAUAUAUUAAUUGAUCAUUCACAUAUGAGAUAAACAGUUUUCAUUUAUUUUCUCAAGUCAUUACUCAGUAAAUCAUUAACCUAUUAAAAUACAUGUUAACCACUCACUAUAGUCGAGUUCAUCUGUACACAAUGUGGCAUAAAUAAUGAAAAACACAAUAUUGGAAUUAAAAAAGACACUUAUGAGUUCUAACUACAUUACAAAAUAUCUCGAGAGAGCAGUGAGAAAAUCAUAGAUCCUAACUGACAGCAGAGAAGCAUUUAUUAAACUCUGCUUUUGUUUUUAUUAACAUUUUAAAGCCAUGAAUAUCAUCAGUCGGUACAAACACAUUUUCUAGUUUGUUUGAGGCUUCCAGUUGUCAUUACAUGUUCGGCUCUUUAGAACUGAAUCUUUUUGAUUCAGGGUGAGUUCUAUAGUGUAGUUGUAGAUUAGUUGUGUCCGUCAGGCAUCGGAUGAUUUGACGCUGCUCAACACAGGCAGCUCCUCAACAUAGGUUGAAGGGAAAUAGCCUUUCUUCCCGUGAAGUUUGCCAAACCACCAGCUGUUCUCCUCCUUCCCGUAAAUGUCUAGAAGAUCUCCUGGGACACAGAAAUCCAGUCGUUUCAUUAGAUCAUUGAUAAACCUCUACUGGUUUAGAUAUUCUGCCCUUGAGUUGCCACUUACCUUCUUUCAAAGUCAGCUCAUCGUCCUGUUCAGGUGUGUAACUGUACAGGGCCUUGCAUUUCCCGAUACUGCACAGCUCCGGUGUUACUUGAACUGUUCGAUGUUGAUAUUUUUCAUUGCUUUAAUUUCAGGAUGAAAUUCCAAAUGUGCUGAAUUGAAAUAAAUCUUUGUAGUAC